ACCAUCACCCACAACGACAGCGGGCUUAGCAAUGCUCCCUGCAGCAGUCCUACUUCUCCUCUGGGCGGGGCAGGGCGAGACCCAUCCCCAUAAUGGAUCGUGUGACUUGGAGCCACAGAAUCUGCAUAAACCACGAAAUACCCUCGAGGCUGUGGACUGGCUUGGUCGAUUCGGAUACAUCUCAACGCGCGUAUCCUGGUCUCAAGACCCGCGUUCUGUUGAGGCUUUGGAUGCGGCCAUAGCUCUGUUUCAAGAGCUGGCUGGAAUAAACAUCACAGGUAAACUUGAUACGCCUACGCUGGAGUGGAUGGGGAAGGAGAGGUGUGGUGUUCCGGAUGUCAUGAGAAGAGAACGACCGGGCAGAAGACGAUUUGCUCGGAACAAACCAGUUCUGAAAUGGAAGAAACAUGACCUCACCUAUUUCGUGACCACGUACACGCCUGAUCUUCCCAGAGGUGAAGUCGAUCGUGCGCUGGAAGAUGCGUUUCAGGUGUGGGCGGAUGUCACUCCGCUAACCUUCUCUCGUGUUUCAUCACGUGACGCGGUGGAUAUUGAAAUCAAGUUUACUCACGGCGUCCACGGUGACAACAAUCCAUUUGAUGGCGAAGGAGGAGUUCUUGCGCAUGCGUUCUUUCCACCUACGUAUCCCAGUAAUCUGAUUGGAGGAGACACCCACUUUGACGAGGCAGAGAUGUGGACAGUCCUGCUAGAUGACGAUGCUCCUGGACGACGAUUGUUCUGUGUGGCCGUGCACGAGUUUGGGCACGCUCUUGGUCUGGACCACUCCGACGAUACAGAUUCCAUCAUGUGGCCCUGGGCACAAGGCUGCGGGAACGGCACGCUGGGGGCGUCAGACGUUGAUGCCAUACAACGACUAUAUGGACCGCCGGGUGUGCCGACCGUUUUUCCAAACACGACCACGUUGCCUACCACUGAAGCAAGUACCAAGAAGAGACGAGUGACGCAAACUGCUCCCACAACAAAGAAAAAGAUGAAAAAAAGAACGACCCCCGCUAAAAAGACAACGCCCCGAAAAACAAAAGCAACAACUCCAACAACAACACCAACAACCCCAACGUCAACCCCAACGUCAACAACAACUAUCCAAACAACAACCCCAACGUCAACAACUAUCCAGACUACAACCAAAAAGAAGAAGCGCAAGACGUCUGAGCCAAAGCCUACUACAAAGCCAAGAAGACGCAAAACUACCACCCCUACACCGUCGACGACGACCAGUACAACGCUGCCACCGCCAACUUUGCAUCCCAACCCGUUGUGCAGAGGGAAUGGCAAAAUGGACGCCAUUGAUGUAGCGGGAGAUGACAAAACAUACGGAUUCAAAGGUUCUCAAGUAUUCCGAUUCAACGAAAACGGUGUUGAUUCUGACUUCCCUAGACCAGUUGGUGAUGUUUUCAAUCCCGGACCGAAAACAGUGGACGCCGCAGUCAGUUACUAUUAUAAAACUAGCUGGACUAGAAAGAUCCGAUACAUCACGUACCUCUUUAAGAACGACGUUGUAUGGAGAUAUCAGUACAAACGAAGGAAUCUGCUGAAACUGUGGGAACCGAAAGAGUUUGUCAUUGAGGGAGGCUAUCCUAAAUAUAUCAGCGAGGAAUUUGAUAUCAAAACCACUGGAAUAGACGCAGCUUUCAAACUGAUGAAGAAAAACUCGUUCUAUCUUACUAAAGGGGAUAAGAUAUGGGAGGUUCAAAUAAAGAGCACAGGACUGACGACAAAGAAGCCUAAACAACUGAGCAAGCACCCGGCGUUGUCCUAUCUGCCCCCUCUGGACUCCGCCGGGCUCAUGAACAGCGGCGGCUUCUAUUUUUUCAGCGGAAACUACUACCACCGCCUGUUUCCUAUCGACCGUCACCAUGCCAGAUGGCUGUUCCCUCGCCUCACUCUCAACUGGUGGUUCAACUGCAACAUCGAGAGCGUGGGCGGCCCAUUGAACAUAGCCAGUGACAAGGAAAAGAACUUCGUGAAGGAGGUCCGCUUCUGAGAAAUCUCACUUCUCCAAAAAACAGCCACAUUGAGCAACGUAUUUGAUGUAACAUUCAUACCAUUUCAUACCUUUAUACCAUUUCUGUAUUACCAUCUCUAGAAGGCAAUAUGAUGUAAAAGAUAGCCCUGUCUUUAUAUUUGACUGUAGACAUUGAAAGUAUUGUUAUCACCAUACAAAUGAUACAAGCCCAUAUUUUUUUAUUCUAUACUAGUGCAUAUUUUAGCAUCUAAUAGUAUGUAUUAUUAUUGUAAUGUAA